AUGCCACAUCCUUGUGGGCCAGGCCUCGACGCCAUAUGGCGUGGCUCGUCGGUCGAGGUUUUACGUUACAAAGUCGCAACCAUAUCUCCAGGCUCCAGCCCAUUCUAGAGCAUAAUAAACUUCGUCAGCAGCCAGCCAGCAUCAGAAACUCCUUUUUCUUUUUUCCAGAGGCACAAAAUGACACAGCCAGCCACCAAGUCCAAACCCAUAGAAACAAGUUCCACCUUCUUAUCCCAAAACAAAGGCCUGCCUCUGGUUUUCUCUCUUCCACUAGCUACUGCAUCCACAGACGACACAGGCACACAGAAUCUAUAACACUGCCUGCAGCCAUCACCCUUUUGAUCUCCCUUAUUUAUAUAGCAAAACCACACCCACCAAGCCAGCACCGAUUCGCAUCCGCAGAGAAAAGAAGCUUAAUUUACUUUGAGCAAUCAGAAAGGAAGGAUCUCGAUAAUGCCAUAAUGGAGUUGGAGGUGUUUGGGACGAUGCUGGGGAAGAUGGGUCGGCAGUGCUACGCGGUGCUGUGCCUGAGUACUAUGAUAGUGGUGGCCUCUCUCACCAUUGCUCACUGCUAUGCAACUACUUUGGCCGGCGACGAUGAGGAUCAAGAUCCAAGGGAGCGGUCCAGGCGCCGUCUCCGGGCCAUGGCUUUCUGAUCAUUUCAUCACAAAUCAUGAAACCCUUGAUGAUCAUGAGUCAAGUCUCUCGUUGUGUUGGUCAAAACAGGGCACAAGAGAUGUACAUCGAUGUGAUUAAUUUGAGUACUUCAGCUCUUCUUUCUUUCGUUCAUGACUCUCUCUAACGUCACGUUUGGUUGCCUAUGUUUGUAACCUAAUAAUGCAGGCUUAACUAGGCCCAAUAAUAUAUAAUUACUUUAUAG